AUGAUACCUCGCUCUGAUGAUGUUCGUCAUGUGACGGACGAAAGCUUAGCCCCUUUUAACCGGAAUCGAAGGAGAUUGCCUCGGAAACAGCGUCAGCAUGAAUGUUCCAGUAAAGCCAAUCUGCCGUCGUUUUCUGGUGGAAUCGACCUUCGCAUUUCUUCACCAAACACUUUCACUCGAAAUGGAAGUAAGCACAACAACUCCAGUCCAGACCCUACUUUUUUCACUCAUUGCUUAUGCAUCCGUUUAGAGCAUCCUUCAGCCUGA